UUUUUUUCUUUUACAAAUUCUCACAAUUUUUUUCCGGUUUCUUGUUCCUUCUUCUCCCACUCGUCUUUCCUCCUCCCCAUUCUUCUUCUUCGUCUCUCAAUUUCUUCACAGCAGUCACCAACCAACCACUUUUCCCUCUUUCUUCUCCCCGUCGUUCUUCUUCUUCUUCUUCUUCUUCUUCAUAUUGUUUUAAUUUUCUUUUUUCCAAAAUCUUUUGACAGCAGACAUCCACCAUCUGAUCCAUUUUCUCUGACCUACGCCGCAGAAACAAAACAUAGGGCAGACGUUGUCAGGCGUAGGAAGAGUUUCGCCGGCAAAUUUGGUUGAACAGUACUGCGACAGUAAAGUUUGGGAAACUUUACUCAAAGAAACACACCCUUAUUUUUUGUUGUAGGUUUACCGGCUGCCACAAUUGGUGACCUCACAUUCAGCAUUCUUCAUUAUGGAUGAACCAUUGAAGGAACCGAAAGUGGAGAUCGAAGACGCCGGACUGCCGGUUAAAAUUGGUCGAAGAUCUUCCAAAAAACAUCGUGAAAACGAGGAGUGCUACUCCGAGACUGCCUCUUCGAAAGAACGAAGGGUCGGAGGGACGUUACUGGCUUUGCAUAAGCCCAGCUAUUGCCUGAAGAAAGGAAUUGGGAGCACGCAAUGCGUGAGUGAAUCCCUGCGAACCUGGCACCGUAGAAAUCUCUGGCGAAUCUUCGAGAAGCUCAUUCGGAGGCACAAUUGGGAGGAGGCGAGUGGCGUGUUGAGUGUGUUGCUCCAAGCGACUGUUCAUGACGAUUCAAUCGAAGGAAAUCGAGCCAAGUAUUCGGCUGCAUUGGAGCUUCUUACUUAUAUUAAAGGUGAAACUCUGAAUUCAAGAAGAAUCCAGAGUGUGUAUGAACUAUGGAUGAAAAAGCUUGGACUGUUGAAAUAUUUGCCACCAAAGGAUAGGUUUGCUGUUCAGUUGGAAUAUAUACUAUCGUGCUUACAGCGUGGGAGUUUGGAGGAUGCACAUCAAGCUGCUAUUUCUAUCAUGCAGGAGCCUGGUUUCUCUAGUGACCCUCGUGCAAAUUUCGUAGUUGGAUUGGCAUUUUGUCGGCUGUGGUAUUCUGGUUUACCAAAAGAGUUACAACUAACAGAGUUUGACUCUUCUUCCAUAUAUACACAAUCGGAAGUCCCUUUUACUGGCAUGCACAUUCCAGUCGAUUAUUCUAAGGAUAAUGAGGCUGCUAUGCCAGGAGAAGGCAGUUCUGCCCUACCAUGUGGGUCCAACACCUCUAUUGCCUUUGAUAAAAUACCGAAAUAUGAUCAUAGCAGACUGGAGGACCCAAUGGAUCUUGAUGCUGAAGUGAAAAAGGAAGUCUCUAAUACCAGUUUUCAGCUGUUGCAGGAUUAUACAGAAUCAGCUGAGGCUAGUGAUCACCUCGAGUCCUUGUCUAAUUAUGAAGAAGACCUUCCUCAAGUCUCUAUUUUCUAUACCAAAGGCUUGCCUCCAUGGUUGUGUCCUUUGAAGUUUCCCAGUACCGAUGAAAAUUUCGAAGAUGUUGUUCAUGCACACAGAAAAUUUCAAGACAGCCGCUAUAAGAGUGCAUUGAAGCACUUGCGUGUUGCUCUUCAUGCAACACCACCAGUAGCUGAGGCCUUGCACCCUUUAAUACAGAUGCUACUUCUCGGAGAUCGGGUCCUUGAAGCCUUUGAUGAACUUGAAAAUUUAUUUCCGGGCUCAAAUACACCACUUCAACUAAGAAUGAAAGCAAGUCUCUUGGAGCAUUUCGAUAGUGAAAAUUGUGCCAAACUUUGUACAUGCUUCGAGGAUAUUUUAAAGAAGGAUCCAACAUGCUCCCAUUCGUUGCAAAGGCUUGUGAUCAUGCAUCAGCGCGGAGAAUACGGCAUACACAGUUUGGUGGAAAUGAUGGCCUUACAUUUAGAUGCAUCCCACGGCACAUCCGACACAUGGAAGGAGUUAGCAACAUGCUUUUUGAGACUUUCUCAGUGUGAAGGAGACAGUGCAUCCGCUUGCUACGGAAAUGAUGAUGGCGAGCAAAGAGAAGAGCUUCUGGAUACAAUGCCCAACAAGCCUCCGGAAAUAUUUACCAACGGCGAUUCUGGGAAGAACUGGAAACUACGCUCGAGAUGGUGGCUGAGGCGCCACUUCCACACCCGAUCUUCGGAUAUUACUUCGGGUGACCUGAAGCUUUUGACGUACAAAGCGGCUGCGGCUUCGCACAUUUAUGGACGCCGAUGUAGGUAUGUAUUGAAAGCUACAGAAUUGUUGGAAAAGGAGAAUAAAAUGGAGCUAUAUUCUUUCUUACAAAUGCAUAUACUUAAUUCUGUUGGAUUCUUUUUCUGGCAAUAAGGUGGAAUGAGAAGCACGUAGUUUGUUUGUUUGUUU